AUGCAGAGCUGCACGAUUGGUAGUCGGCGCAUAUCGUGUUGCGAGAUUUUUGAACCAGUCUUUGUGCUGCUCCGGGGGCGAUGCAUGCGCCUGAAGCCUCUUUACCAAAUUGACAACGUCGAGUCCUCGGUGCUGAGCAUCUCGAUUCUCACUGUACCAAGCUAUUUUACCACCCGGACGAACAGUCAGCCACAGGUAAUUUUGUAUAUAGCGGAUGGGCACGCCAAUGUACCAGUUUAUCCGCAUUAUUAUGUAAACGAAAACGAAUGGACACGGAUUCUUUUUCGAUUACGCAAAAUUGUGCUUUUACCAACCAAUAAACACUGCAUCCCAAAUGAUCAUUUUUUAGGCCGUGCUGCUUGCUUCAUAAGCCAGUGGCUUUCCGAAAUGAUCGCAAAACCAUACAACUGUACGCUAGCAUAUUUACAGUGCCAGCCAGCAUGCAGUCGCUCUGAUCUCGUCAUGCAGAAGUAUGGAUCGCCAAUACUGAAGACCCCUAAUGAUCCUACAAAAUUCCUCAUUGAAGCAUCCUAUUUUGAACUGCAAUAUGAACUUUACGAAGAAGUGGUACGGACAACGUUGCCUGGUUUCAUUUCACAAAUUGGUGGACAGUUCGGCCUGUUUCUUGGCGUUUCAAUCAUCACCGUUGUUGAAAUGAUUGUUGCAGUGGUCAAAUUGCUUUAUCGUGCAUGGAACGCAGCAGUUAGGCGGAAAAAAAGAAGUAUUACUAUCCAGUCCGUUUUCUCGUUAAAAGUAUAA